GCGGCCGAGGCGGCGCGCCUGGGCCCGGCCGUGGCGGCGGCAGUUCGCAGCCCGGGCCUGGACGUGCGGCCAGUGGCGCUGGUGCUCAACGGCUCGGACCCUCGCAGCCUUGUGCUGCAGCUCUGCGACCUGCUGUCGGGGCUGCGCGUGCACGGCGUGGUGUUCGAGGACGACUCGCGCGCGCCCGCCGUCGCGCCCAUUCUCGACUUCCUGUCGGCGCAGACUUCGCUGCCCAUCGUGGCCGUGCACGGCGGCGCCGCGCUCGUGCUCACGCCCAAGGAGAAGGGCUCCACCUUCCUGCAGCUCGGCUCCUCUACAGAGCAGCAGCUGCAGGUCAUUUUUGAGGUGCUGGAGGAGUACGACUGGACAUCCUUUGUGGCAGUGACCACGCGUGCCCCAGGCCAUCGGGCCUUCUUGUCAUACAUCGAGGUGCUGACUGAUGGCAGCAUGGUGGGCUGGGAGCAUCGAGGAGCGCUGACACUGGAUCCCGGGGCUGGUGAAGCCGUCCUGGGCGCACAGCUCCGGAGUGUCAGCGCGCAGAUCCGCCUGCUCUUCUGCGCCCGCGAGGAGGCAGAGCCUGUUUUCAGGGCAGCAGAAGAGGCUGGCCUCACUGGGCCUGGCUACGUCUGGUUCAUGGUGGGACCUCAGCUGGCCGGAGGCGGGGGCUCCGGGCUUCCUGGGGAACCCCUUCUUCUGCCAGGAGGUGCCCCACUGCCUGCGGGGCUAUUUGCAGUGCGCUCUGCUGGCUGGCGUGACGACUUGGCACGUCGAGUGGCUGCUGGUGUGGCGGUGGUGGCCAGAGGUGCCCAAGCCCUGCUGCGAGACUAUGGCUUCCUGCCUGAACUGGGUCAUGACUGCCGCGCCCAGAAUCGCACCCACCGUGGGGAGAGUCUACACAGGUACUUCAUGAACAUCACCUGGGAUAACCGAGACUACUCCUUCAAUGAAGACGGCUUUCUGGUGAACCCUUCACUGGUGGUCAUCUCCCUCACCAGGGACAGGACAUGGGAAGUGGUGGGCAGCUGGGAACAACAGACCCUCCGCCUCAAGUACCCGCUAUGGUCCCGCUAUGGCCGCUUCCUGCAACCAGUGGAUGACACACAGCACCUCACCGUGGCCACACUGGAGGAGAGACCCUUUGUCAUUGUGGAGCCAGCGGACCCCAUCAGCGGCACUUGCAUUAGAGACUCAGUCCCCUGCCGGACCCAGCUCAACCGUACCCACAGUCCUCCGCCUGACGCUCCCCGCCCGGAGAAGCGGUGCUGCAAGGGCUUCUGCAUUGACAUUCUGAAGAGGCUGGCGCACACCAUUGGCUUCAGCUAUGACCUCUACCUGGUCACCAAUGGCAAGCAUGGCAAGAAGAUCGAUGGAGUCUGGAACGGCAUGAUUGGUGAGGUGUUCUAUCAGCGUGCGGACAUGGCCAUCGGCUCUCUUACCAUCAAUGAGGAGCGGUCCGAGAUCGUGGACUUCUCCGUCCCCUUUGUAGAGACAGGCAUCAGCGUCAUGGUGGCACGCAGCAAUGGCACUGUGUCCCCCUCUGCCUUCCUCGAGCCCUACAGCCCCGCUGUGUGGGUGAUGAUGUUCGUCAUGUGCCUCACCGUGGUUGCCGUCACCGUUUUCAUCUUUGAGUACCUCAGUCCUGUGGGCUACAACCGCAGCCUGGCCACGGGCAAACGCCCUGGGGGCUCAACCUUCACCAUUGGGAAAUCCAUCUGGCUGCUGUGGGCCCUGGUGUUCAACAACUCGGUGCCGGUGGAGAAUCCGCGGGGCACCACCAGCAAGAUCAUGGUUCUGGUGUGGGCCUUCUUCGCCGUCAUCUUCCUCGCCAGCUACACAGCCAAUCUGGCUGCCUUCAUGAUCCAGGAGGAGUAUGUGGACACCGUGUCUGGGCUCAGUGACCGAAAGUUCCAGAGGCCCCAGGAGCAAUACCCACCCCUGAAGUUUGGGACUGUGCCCAACGGGUCCACAGAGAAGAACAUCCGCAGCAACUACCCUGACAUGCAUAGUUACAUGGUGCGCUACAACCAGCCGCGAGUGGAGGAGGCUCUCACGCAGCUCAAGGCAGGGAAACUGGACGCCUUCAUCUACGAUGCAGCAGUGCUCAACUACAUGGCCCGCAAGGAUGAAGGCUGCAAGCUGGUCACCAUCGGCUCCGGCAAGGUCUUCGCUACCACCGGUUAUGGCAUCGCCCUUCACAAAGGCUCCCGCUGGAAGCGACCCAUUGACCUGGCGCUGCUGCAGUUCCUGGGGGAUGAUGAGAUUGAGAUGCUGGAACGGCUGUGGCUUUCCGGGAUCUGCCACAAUGACAAAAUCGAGGUGAUGAGCAGCAAGCUGGAUAUCGAUAACAUGGCAGGUGUCUUCUACAUGCUCCUGGUGGCCAUGGGCCUUUCCUUGCUGGUCUUCGCCUGGGAACAUCUGGUGUACUGGCGCUUGCGGCAUUGCCUGGGGCCUACCCACCGCAUGGAUUUCCUGCUGGCCUUCUCCAGGGGCAUGUACAGCUGCUGCAGCGCCGAGGCGGCUCCACCGCCUGCCAAGCCCCCGCCCCCGCCGCAGCCACUACCCAGCCCCGCAUACCCCACCGCGCGCCCGCCCCCAGGCCCUGCACCCUUCGUGCCCCGAGAGCGAGCAGCCGCCGACCGCUGGCGCAGGGCCAAGGGCACCGGGCCUCCGGGAGGCGCAGCGCUGGCCGACGGCUUCCACCGAUAUUACGGUCCCAUCGAGCCGCAGGGGCUGGGCCUCGGCGAGGCGCGCGCGGCACCCAGAGGCGCGGCCGGACGCCCUCUGUCCCCACCCGCCACACAGCCCCCGCAGAAGCCACCACCGUCCUACUUCGCCAUCGUGCGCGACCAGGAGGCGGCCGAGCCCCCCGCCGGAGCCUUCCCCGGCUUCCCAUCCCCGCCUGCGCCGCCCGCCGCCGCAGCUGCCGCCGUCGGGCCGCCACUGUGCCGCCUGGCUUUCGAGGACGAGAGUCCGCCUGCGCCCACUCGCUGGCCGCGUUCCGACCCCGAGAGCCAGCCGCUGUUGGGUGGGGGCGCGGGCGGCCCGAGCGCGGGGGCCCCAAGCGCCCCGCCGCCGCGCCGCGCCGCGCCCCCACCGUGCGCCUACCUGGACCUCGAGCCGUCGCCUUCGGACUCCGAGGACUCGGAGAGCCUGGGCGGAGCGUCGCUUGGCGGCCUGGAGCCCUGGUGGUUCGCCGAUUUCCCGUACCCGUACGCCGAGCGCCUCGGGCCACCGCCCGGCCGCUAUUGGUCGGUCGACAAGCUCGGGGGCUGGCGCGCCGGCAGCUGGGACUACCUGCCCCCGCGCAGCGGCCCCGCGUGGCACUGCCGCCACUGCGCGAGCCUGGAGCUGCUACCGCCGCCCCGCCACCUCAGCUGCUCGCACGACGGCCUCGACGGCGGCUGGUGGGCGCCUCCGCCGCCACCCUGGGCUGCUGGGCCACCACCCAGGCGCCGGGCACGCUGUGGGUGUCCACGCCCUCACCCUCACCGCCCGCGGGCCUCGCACCGUCCGCCCGCGGCGCCGCACCACCACCGACACCGGCGCGCGGCAGGUGGCUGGGACAUCCCGCCGCCCGCGCCCACCUCGCGUUCGCUCGAGGACCUGAGCUCCUGUCCGCGGGCGGCCCCCUCACGCAGGCUCACCGGGCCCUCACGCCACGCGCGCCGCUGCCCGCAUGCUGCGCACUGGGGGCCACAGCUGCCCCCCGCACCGCACCGGAGACACCGGGGCGGGGACCUGGGCACGCGCAGGGGCUCUGCGCACUUCUCCAGUCUGGAGUCCGAGGUAUGAUGCGGCUCCGGGAGGCCCCCGUCGCCCCCUCGGUCAGCGCAGGCCACGGCCCGAGGGGGCGCUCUAGAGUGGACUGGACCCACA